AUAGAAGUCAUUUGAAUGUACCACCCUCUAUGGGUGCCAGUUCCCACUAUUCCAACACAUUUUUUAAGGGGAACCAAAAGCAGAAACCUAGAUCCUAUGCGAAUGCAGUUAAGAACCCCUAUAGUGUGAAUCGAUCUCCUCCUAUUUCAAAUGACAGUAAAUCCAACUUCAGGAGGAAUUAUUUCCUUACACCACGGCGGCACAAAGGGGAAUCUUAUAACCCCAACCUCAUCUCUCUGGGAAAACCUCCUCAAUCAAGCACCAGAGAGGAGGAGGAGUCCGGAGCUACGGUUAACAUAGCACACGAUCUGGGCGCUAGACCGAAACAUGUAUAUAUGAACAAGAGAAAUGUAACCACUAAGCCUGAUUUUUUAGAGAUAGCCCCCUCUCGAGCAACAGAGGAAAAGACAUUUCCACUAUUCAGGAAUAUGCACAAAAAGAGGGGCACCCCCUUAGAGGAACUAGAGGAUGAGGUGGACAGUCCAGCAAAAGUGAGAUGCCUUUGAAUAAAGGCAUAUUCAAUUUAUCAUCCCAUGUCCUCAAUGGUGGGGAAAUCUCUCUCCUGAAUAAGGGCUUAAAAUAUGCUCCGGACAGAAUACCUAAUAUCAUUGAUUUGUUCAAGGAUCUUAAUCAUUUUGUGAGAAAACUCACUGUCAUCAGAUCCUUUAACAUAAGGGAGGCAACAGGUAGGGAGGGGUGUCCUAAGAUCUUUAAUACCCCGCAGCACAAAGUCAUCUUCUAUAAUUUAAUCUCCCUUCUGGAGGAACAAGACAUCCCACAGCAGAACUGGGAUGCACUUGAUGUAGUGAACGCCAAUAUUUCAUCUGGACUAAAACCCCCCUCCACCUAUUAUCCACAAGUGGAUAAAGGACUAUUUAUUCAAAUGUUCUAUGACCUGGUUCUAAAAGAUUUAAAGGCUCUUUGUGUUGAGCUCCAAAAGAAGAAAGAUCGAGUCUGUAAUAAUUUGGACAAAUUAGAACUAUUAGCAGUCAAAAGUCUGAAACACAACAACAACUUGAUAAUCAAAGGUGUGGAUAAGGGGGGUGGAGGGAUUGUUCUGUUGAAUAAAGCUGAUUAUGUGAAUGAAGCCUAUAACAUUAUUGGCAAUGAAGAAUACUACAAGGCAUUAAGAUGUGAUCCCACCCAGUCCAUUAGGAAUGAAUUGAAAGAUCUCAUAGAACUAGCAUAUGCUAGUGGAUCCAUCGAUAAAAAAGAAGUUUCUUCCUUUCGGCCCAAGAGGACAUACCCAUUUUCUAUUACCUCCCGAAGGUGCAUAAAUCUCUGA